GCCGGACCCUCCCCGUGGGCGCCCGUGGCCUCGCGGGGGGCGGGAGGGGACCGUCCCAUAUAAGCCCCGGGCGCUCGGGACUCGGCCGCCCGCCGGCAGCGCUUGGACUGGCGAGGACCGGGGACCAGGCGAAGGGAGCCAGCCUCAACUUCUCCCGUCCCUACCCUCGCCUCCCCCCGUCUUCGUAGGGGCGUCCAGCCCCGGGGGGACCCUGCCAGAGACUUUGCUCUCGCAGGUUACGAAGGGCAGCGAAAACUUGGUGGCCACUUGCCUUGGCGGGGGGGUGAGGGCGGCUCUCCCCGCAGCGUCUCAAGAUGCUUAGGGGUCCGGGACAUGGGCUCCUGCUGCUGCUGUCCCUCCUGUGCCUGGGGACGGCGGUGCCCUCCACCGGCGCCUCGAAGAGCAAGAGGCAGGCUCAGCAAAUAGUGCAACCCCAGUCCCCGGUGGCUGUCAGUCAGAGCAAGCCGGGUUGCUACGACAAUGGGAAGCACUACCAGAUAAACCAGCAGUGGGAACGCACCUACCUGGGCAAUGCCUUGGUUUGCACCUGUUAUGGAGGAAGCCGAGGUUUCAACUGCGAAAGUAAACCUGAGCCUGAAGAAACUUGCUUUGACAAGUACACCGGAAACACUUACAGAGUUGGGGACACUUAUGAGCGCCCUAAAGACUCCAUGAUCUGGGACUGUACCUGCAUUGGGGCUGGGAGAGGAAGAAUAAGCUGCACCAUUGCAAAUCGCUGCCAUGAAGGAGGUCAGUCCUACAAGAUCGGUGAUACCUGGAGGAGGCCGCAUGAGACUGGUGGUUACAUGUUGGAGUGUGUGUGUCUGGGUAAUGGAAAAGGAGAAUGGACCUGCAAGCCCAUAGCUGAGAAAUGUUUUGAUCAUGCUGCUGGAACUUCCUAUGUAGUUGGGGAAACCUGGGAAAAACCUUACCAAGGCUGGAUGAUGGUGGACUGCACUUGUCUGGGAGAAGGCAGUGGACGUAUCACUUGUACCUCCAGAAACAGAUGCAAUGAUCAGGACACGAGGACUUCCUACAGGAUUGGGGACACUUGGAGCAAGAAGGACAACCGAGGAAACCUGCUCCAGUGCGUGUGCACAGGCAACGGCAGAGGGGAGUGGAAGUGUGAGAGGCACACAUCUCAGAGCACCUCGGCCGAUAUGCGAGCAUCCGUCUACCAGCCCCAGCCUCCACAGCAGCCAGCUGCAUAUGGCCACUGUAUCACAGACAGUGAUGUGGUCUAUUCCGAGGGGAUGCAGUGGUUAAAGACGCAAGGAAAUAAACAGAUGCUCUGCACAUGUCUGGGCAAUGGGGUCAGCUGCCAAGAGACAGCUGUAACCCAGACGUACGGAGGCAAUUCGAACGGGGAGCCGUGUGUCCUACCCUUCACCUACAACGGCAGGACUUUCUACUCCUGCACGUCGGAAGGGCGCCAGGAUGGGCAUCUGUGGUGCAGCACAACUUCCAACUAUGAGCAAGACCAGAAGUAUUCUUUUUGCACAGAUCACACAGUUUUGGUUCAAACUCGAGGUGGGAAUUCCAAUGGUGCCUUAUGCCACUUCCCCUUCCUAUACAACAACCGCAACUACACUGACUGUACUUCUGAGGGCAGGAGAGACAACAUGAAAUGGUGUGGAACCACACAGAACUAUGAUGCCGACCAGAAGUUUGGAUUCUGUCCCAUGGCUGCCCAUGAGGAAAUCUGUACAACCAACGAAGGGGUCAUGUAUCGCAUUGGAGAUCAGUGGGACAAGCAGCAUGACAUGGGCCACAUGAUGAGGUGCACCUGUGUUGGGAAUGGUCGUGGAGAAUGGACAUGCGUGGCCUACUCUCAACUCCGAGAUCAAUGCAUUGUUGAUGACAUCACUUACAAUGUGAAUGACACGUUCCACAAGCGUCACGAAGAGGGACACAUGCUGAAUUGCACCUGUUAUGGUCAGGGCCGAGGCAGGUGGAAGUGUGAUCCCGUGGACCAAUGCCAGGAUUCAGAAACUCGAACAUUUUAUCAGAUUGGAGACUCAUGGGAGAAGUUCGUGCAUGGUGUCAGAUACCAGUGCUACUGCUAUGGCCGUGGCAUUGGGGAGUGGCACUGUCAACCUUUGCAGACAUAUCCAGGCACAAGUGGUCCAGUCCAAGUAAUUAUCACUGAGACGCCCAGUCAGCCCAACUCACACCCUAUUCAGUGGAAUGCACCAGAACCAUCUCACAUCUCCAAGUACAUCCUCAGGUGGAGACCCAAAAAUUCAGUAGGCCGUUGGAAGGAAGCCACCAUCCCAGGCCACUUAAACUCCUACACCAUCAAAGGUCUGAGACCAGGAGUGAUCUACGAAGGGCAGCUCAUCAGCAUCCAGCAGUAUGGCCACAGAGAGGUGACGCGCUUCGACUUCACCACUACCAGCACCAGCACCCCCAUGACCAGCAACACAGUCACAGGAGAGACAGCACCGUUGUCUCCUGUUGUGGCCACCUCUGAGUCCGUGACUGAAAUCACAGCCAGCAGCUUCGUGGUCUCGUGGGUGUCAGCCUCUGACAUGGUGUCCGGAUUCCUGGUGGAGUAUGAGCUGAGCGAGGAGGGAGAUGAGCCCCAGUACCUUGAUCUUCCAAGCACAGCCACUUCUGUGAACAUCCCUGACUUGCUUCCUGGCCGAAAGUACAUUGUCAAUGUUUAUCAGAUCUCUGAAGACGGAAAGCAGAGCUUGAUCCUGUCCACUUCACAGACAACAGCUCCUGAUGCGCCCCCUGAUCCUACUGUGGACCAAGUUGAUGACACCUCGAUUGUUGUUCGCUGGAAUAGACCCCAGGCACCCAUCACAGGAUACAGAAUAGUCUAUUCACCCUCUGUAGAAGGUAGUAGCACAGAACUCAACCUUCCAGAAAGUGCCAACUCCGUCACUCUCAGUGACUUGCAACCUGGUGUUCAGUAUAACAUCACCAUCUACGCUGUGGAGGAAAACCAAGAAAGUACUCCUGUUUUCAUCCAGCAAGAGACCACCGGCAUCCCACGUGCAGAUGAAGUUUCCCCUCCCAGAGACCUGCAGUUUGUGGAAGUGACGGACGUGAAGGUGACCAUCAUGUGGACACCCCCCGACAGCCCGGUGACCGGCUACCGAGUGGAUGUACUCCCUGUGAGCCUGCCAGGGGAGCACGGACAGAGGCUGCCUGUCAGCAGGAACACCUUCGCUGAAAUCACUGGACUGUCCCCCGGGGUCACCUAUUACUUCAAGGUCUUUGCUGUGAACCAAGGAAGAGAGAGCCGGCCUCUGACUGCACAACAGACAACCAAACUGGAUGCUCCCUCUAAUCUGCAAUUCGUCAAUGAAACUGACUCGAGUGUAGUGAUCAUUUGGACUCCACCUCGGGCUCACAUAACAGGCUACCUGCUGACUGUGGGCCCAACCCGAGGAGGCCAGCCCACGCAGCAGACUCUCAGGCCCUCAGUCACAAAGUACCCAGUCCAGGAUCUGCAGCCUGGAUCCGAGUACACUGUGACCCUGAUUGCAUUCAAAGACAACUUUCAGAGCCCCAAGGUCACUGGCGUCUUCACCACUCUGCAGCCUCACAGCUCCAUCCCUGCUUACAACACAGAGGUCACGGAGACCAGCAUUGUGAUCACAUGGACCCCUGCACCAAGGAUUGGCUUCAAGUUGGGUGUACGACCCAGCCAGGGAGGGGAAGCACCACGAGAAGUGACUUCAGAAUCUGGGAGCAUCGUUGUGUCUGGCUUGACCCCUGGUAUAGAAUAUAUUUACUCCCUCCAAGUCCUGAGAAAUGGAAAAGAAAAGGAUGCACCAAUCGUGAACAGAGUGGUGACACCAUUGUCUCCACCAACGAACUUGCACCUGGAAAGCAACCCGGAAACUGGUGUGCUCACAGUCUCCUGGGAGAGAAGCACCGCGCCCGACAUCAGUGGUUACAGAAUUACCACCACCCCCAUUAAUGGCCAGCAGGGAUAUUCCUUGGAAGAAGUGGUUCACGCCGAUCAGAGUUCAUGCACUUUUGAAAACCUGAGUCCUGGUCUGGAAUACAAUGUCAGUGUUUACACUGUCAAAGAUGACAAGGAAAGCGUCCCUAUCUCUGACACCAUCAUUCCAGAGGUGCCCCAGCUCACUGACUUAAGCUUUGUUGAUAUAACUGACUCAAGCAUCGGCCUGAGGUGGACCCCGCUAAACUCUUCCACCAUUAUUGGGUACCGCAUCACAGUAGUUGCAGCAGGAGAAGGGAUACCUAUUUUUGAAGAAUUUGUGGACUCCUCGGUAGGAUACUACACAGUGACAGGGCUGGAGCCGGGCAUUGACUAUGACAUCAGCGUUAUCACUCUCAUUAAUGGCGGAGAGAGUGCCCCUACUACACUGACACAGCAAACGGCUGUCCCUUCACCCACUGACCUGCGAUUCACUAAUAUUGGGUCAGACACUAUGCGUGUCACCUGGGCCCCACCUCCAUCUAUUGAACUGACCAAUUUCUUGGUGCGCUACUCACCUGUGAAGAACGAGGAAGAUGUUGCAGAGUUGUCCAUUUCUCCUUCGGACAAUGCAGUGGUUUUAACAAAUCUCCUGCCUUUGACAGAAUAUUUGGUCAGUGUCUCCAGUGUCUAUGAACAACAUGAAAGUGCACCUCUCCGGGGAAGACAGAAGACAGGUCUCGCUGCUCCAACUGGCAUUGACUUCUCUGACAUCACUACCAACUCUUUCGUCGUUCACUGGAUUCCUCCUCGAGCUCACGUUACGGGCUACUGGAUUCGCCAUCAUCCUGAGCACCACAGUGGAAGACCUCGGGAAGAUCGUGUGCCCCCAAAUCGGAACUCCAUCACCCUGAUGAACCUCAGUCCAGGCACGGAGUAUGUGGUCAGCGUCGUGGCUCUCAAUGGCAGGGAGCAAAGUCCUCCUUUGAUUGGCCAACAGUCAACAGUUUCUGAUGUUCCAAAGGACUUGGAAGUUAUUGCCUCAACUCCCACCAGCCUGUUGAUCAGCUGGGAACCUCCACCGGUCACAGUGAGAUAUUACAGGAUCAUGUAUAGAGAAACAGGAAAAAAUGGCCCUGUCCAGGAGAUUAGAGUGCCUGGGACUAAGUCUACAGCUACCAUCAGUGGCCUUAAACCUGGAGUAGAAUAUACCAUCACUUUGUAUGCUGUCACUGGCCGAGGGGACAGCCCAGCCAGCAGCGAGCCAAUUUCCAUUAAUUACCGAACAGAAAUUGACAAACCUUCCCAAAUGCAAGUGACAGAUGUUCAGGAUAACAGCAUCAGUAUCAGGUGGCUGCCUUCUCGUUCCCCCGUUACCGGUUACAAAGUUACCACCGUCCCCAAAAAUGGCUCAGGACCAUCAAAAACUAAGACUGUAGGCCCAGAUCAAACAGAAAUGACCAUCGAAGGCUUGCAGCCCACAGUGGAGUAUGUGGUCAGUGUGUACGCUCAGAGCCAGAACGGAGAGAGCAAACCCCUAGUUCAGACUGCAGUCACCAACAUUGAUCGCCCUAAACGACUGGCAUUCACUGAUGUGGAUGUCGAUUCCAUCAAAAUUGCUUGGGAAAGCCCACAGGGGCAAGUUUCCAGGUACAGGGUGACCUACUCGAACCCUGAGGAUGGAAUCCAUGAGCUAAUCCCUGCACCUGGUGGUGAAGAGGACACUGCAGAGCUGCAAGGCCUCAGGCCGGGUUCUGAGUACACAGUCAGUGUGGUUGCCUUGCACGGUGAUAUGGAGAGCCAGCCCCUGAUUGGAGUCCAGUCCACAGCCAUUCCUGCACCAACCGACCUGAAGUUCAUUCAGGUUACACCCACAAGCCUGACUGCCCAAUGGACACCACCCAGGGUCCAGCUCACUGGAUAUCGAGUGCAGGUGACUCCCAAGGAGAAGACCGGACCAAUGAAGGAAAUUAACCUUGCUCCUGAUAGCUCGUCUGUCGUUGUAUCGGGACUCAUGGUGGCCACCAAAUACGAAGUGAGUGUCUAUGCUCUUAAAGACACUUUGACAAGUAGACCAGCUCAGGGGGUCGUCACCACUCUAGAGAAUGUCAGCCCUCCGAGAAGGGCACGUGUGACCGAUGCUACUGAGACCACCAUCACCAUCACCUGGCGAACCAAGACAGAGACCAUCACUGGCUUCCAGGUCGAUGCCAUCCCAACCAAUGGCCUGACUCCAGUUCAGAGAACCAUCAAGCCAGAUGUCAGAAGCUACACCAUCACAGGUUUGCAGCCAGGCACUGACUACAAGAUCCACCUGUACACCCUGAACGACAAUGCGCGAAGCUCUCCUGUGGUCAUUGAUGCCUCCACUGCCAUUGAUGCACCAUCCAACCUCCGUUUCCUGGCUACCACCCCCAACUCUUUGCUGGUGUCAUGGCAGCCACCACGUGCCAAGAUUACUGGCUACAUCAUCAAGUACGAGAAGCCCGGGUUCCCUCCCAGAGAAGUGGUCCCUCGACCCCGGCCUGGUGUGACAGAGGCCACCAUCACAGGUCUGGAACCGGGAACCGAGUACACCAUCUACAUCAUUGCCCUGAAGAACAACCAGAAGAGUGAACCCCUGAUCGGGAGGAAAAAGACUGAUGAGCUUCCCCAACUGGUAACCCUUCCACACCCCAAUCUUCACGGACCAGAGAUCUUGGAUGUUCCCUCCACAGUACAAAAGACCCCUUUCAUCACCAAUCCUGACACUGGAAACGGUAUUCAGCUUCCCGGCACUUCCGGUCAGCAGCCCAGUGUUGGGCAACAAAUGAUCUUUGAGGAACAUGGUUUUAGGCGGACCACACCACCCACAGCGGCCACCCCUGUAAACCUUAGACCAAGACCCUACCCACCGAAUGUAGAUGAGGACUUCCAAAUUAGUCACGUCCCCAGGGGAGACGUGGACCACCACCUCUAUCCUCACGUUCUGGGACUCAACCCAAAUGCCUCUACAGGACAAGAAGCUCUCUCUCAGACAACCAUCUCUUGGACCCCAUUCCAGGAGAGUUCUGAGUACAUCAUUUCAUGUCAACCUGUUGGCAUUGAUGAACAACCCUUGCAGUUCCGAGUUCCUGGAACUUCUACCAGUGCCACUCUGACAGGCCUCACCCGAGGUGUCACCUACAACAUCAUAGUGGAGGCGCUGAAGGACCACAGAAGGCAUAAGGUGCGGGAAGAGGUCGUGACCGUGGGCAACUCUGUCAAUGGAGGCCUGAACCAGCCCACAGAUGAUUCGUGCUUUGAUCCCUACACAGUUUCCCACUAUGCCGUUGGAGAGGAGUGGGAGCGGUUGUCUGAAUCUGGCUUUAAGCUCUCAUGCCAGUGCUUGGGCUUUGGCAGUGGUCAUUUCAAAUGCGAUUCAUCUAAGUGGUGCCAUGACAACGGUGUGAACUACAAAGUUGGAGAGAAAUGGGAUCGUCAGGGAGACAACGGCCAGAUGAUGAGCUGCACAUGCCUGGGCAAUGGAAAAGGAGAAUUCAAGUGCGAUCCUCAUGAGACAACGUGCUACGAUGACGGGAAGAUGUACCAUGUAGGGGAACAGUGGCAGAAGGAAUAUCUUGGUGCCAUUUGCUCCUGCACAUGCUUUGGAGGCCAGAGGGGCUGGCGCUGUGAUAACUGCCGCCGGCCGGGAUCUGAACUCAGUCCUGAAGGCUCCACCAGCCACUCGUACAACCAGUAUUCACAGAGAUAUCAUCAGAGGACAAACACUAACGUGAACUGCCCAAUUGAAUGCUUCAUGCCUCUAGAUGUGCAGGCGGACAGAGAGGACUCCAGGGAGUAGUACUUCCAGCCCCGAGGGGCAAACGCGCGUCUCCGCGAUGGCCCAGCCCAAUGGAUGCUGGCCGAGCCAGUGUUAGUGUGUUUGCUUCUUUGUAAGCCUUUUGCUCUCAAGUAAGGGCUCCAGCUUCAGCUCAACUCACGGCUUCUCCAAUCAUCACCCUGGGAGCGCUCUGAGACCUUUCUCAUCCAUGAGGGCAAGGUGAUGCCCGUUCUGCUUCAAAAUAUUCAAUACCGCUCAGUAUUUUAAAGGAAAUGAUUGUGAUUUGUGAUUUGGUUUGGGGUCAGUAGAGAAGCAUAUAUGCAACCAACCAAAAUACCAAAUGUGUUGAAAUAAUCUUACCAAAAUAUCAAGUAGGAAAGUUACCCAAACACUUCUGCUUUCACUUCAUUCUCUGGCCUGCAACACUGUAGGAACAGCCUGGCUGUGUUACUGUGACAUUUGAAAUAUUCACAGUAUUCAAUUUUCCCAAAAUGAUUCUAGUAAUUGCCUAGAAAUAUCUUUCUCUUACCUGUUAUUUAUCAAUGUUCCCAGUAUUUUUAUAUGGAAAAGAAAAAUUGUAUGGAAGACACUCAGUAUGCAGUUGACAAAAGGAAUUUGGUAUAAUUAUGGUUGGUGAUUAUUUUUUAUACUGUAUGUGCCAAAGCUUUACUACUGUGGAAAGACAAUUGUUUUAAUAAAAGAUUUACAUUUCACAA